UCCUAAAGGACUUGGCUGGCUUAUAUAUAUGAUAGGUAAGAGGCGCAGAACCUACACAAGAUACAAAGACUGCAAUAUGAAGGUCCGUGUUGGUGUGGAGAUGCUGGCGACGUUGGUCGUGCUGUUCCUGGCUUUAGGUGCGAGUGACGGCGUGGUGAUGAACAAGUGUGAACUGGGGGACGAACUGAACUCGACUCUACCUGAAAACCUUUUGGACCAGAUCACCAACCUGGUGGCCAAGAUUGUGUGCCAUGUAGAGCUGAGCUCUCACUUCAACACCAGCUCCAUCAAUCAUGUCAUUGGACCUAACGUUCAUAGUUUCAUCCGUGGAGGCCGUGGUGGACGGAAGGGCAGGUCUGCAGAGUCCAGCAGUGAGGAGUCCAGUGAGGAAGACAUCAAGGUGCCUAAACCUAAUUUCAAUUCUUCAACGGUUCAUCCAGUCACUCGUCCCCAAGGUAACAACUCAUCCAGCAGAGAUGGUCAUAGAGGACGCAAGGGCAGGUCUGCAGAAUCCAGCAGUGAGGAGUCCAGUGAGGAAGACAGUGACUCAUCCAGUGGUGAAGGACGCCGAAAGAGAUCCAGAUCUAGGUCAAGCAGUGAGGAGUCCAGCGAGAGAAACAUGUGGACUUUGUACGGGUUGUUCCAGCUGCCCGACCGUAUCGCCUGCACCUCUGGGUCUGAACCCUCUCUCAACCUCUGCAGUAUGGCCUGUGACAGUCUGAUCGAUGACAGUAUCACAGAUGACAUCGCCUGUGUUGAGACCAUCCUCAAUAAGAUGUUGUCAGCAGCAAACAAUCCAGGACCGACUAAAGCACUUUUCAACAAAUUGUAUGCUAAUUUCUUCCAGAAGGAGUGCAAGAACGUGGAGGAUUUGAAGUACUUCUCCACUUGCUAAAACAGACAGCCGGCCUAGCAAACAUCCCGACUCAGUUCUACUCAAAGAAAUUCAUUUUUUAACUGCUGACAUUUGACUUAGCUUAUGGCUACUUCUAAAAUGAUUCAAUCCCACCUAACUAGAGUAUAUUUUGAUCAGUGUCUCACUGUGAAAAACAAUUAUAAUCACGUAAUUUUCGAUAGAUUACGGCUACAUCGAGUCCAUUAACCCUGGGUUAAAUUACACUUCAACGCACUGAACGAGUCGGGAGAACGCUGCUGCUUAAACCUGUAGCAUGCCCUUCUUUGGCCAUGAAUUUCUCUCUUCUGUUUCUCAAUUAUCAAUUUAUUAUUUCUGACUAUGAUUAUCAUACAGUCCCUGUUGUGUAUUUCGUUUGAAAAGAGAGCUGUCUCUUUCAUUAUAAUUAAAUUCAGAACUUACAAAAAUGAUGACUGUAGUAACAUUGAAAGGGAAUGAUUUAGAAGACAAAGAUUCGUUGUUGUUGUUUUUAAUGAAUGACAGAGAUAUAUUGGUUACUUCUGGAGAGCAUGUGACAUUACAAUAGGCACAACAUUCUUUAUUAAAUGCAUAUUAAAAAUUCAGGAAAUUGUAAUAUACAUUCUUGAAUACCUCACCCAUUACUCAACACAACCAUUCUUAAUAUAAAAAGAAA